CCUUCCCAUCAACUCUCUUCCCCCAAAACCUUUCGAGGCCGUCGUCGUUCAUUGACUUCUGUUUCGUGGUUCAAUUCCAGUCGUGAAUCUUGCAGAUUUGCCUCUGGUCUUGUACCGUCCGCUCCUUAACAACCCUUCAAUUUUCCUCUUCGAUAAAUAGCAUUUGUCUUACCUGGUCGACCGGUUUUGUCACGUACGCAAUCGUGAACGCCAAUUUCGUCCAAUUCCCAUCGUCAGCGCGCCACAUCGGACAUCACCCCCCCCAAAAGAACUAAUCACCGACCUCGUUAUCGAUCGCCACCGCAAACUGUCAUAUACGCGCGCCAUCCACGUCGAGAGCCGAGCGAAUUCCUUUCUCAACCUCCGACAACCAUAUCGCAAUCGCGCCCUCUUAUGUCCUCCCUCUAGUUGCUGACCGAUCCUGUAGCCGCAGAGCGGCUCAGUAAAGCAUGGCAACUACUGUUGGACCUGAGAGUAGGAUGGGAGCCACGGGUACGCAGGUUUUCGACGAACCUUCUAUGCAAGCGAUCUCUUUACCAGCAAUGCUGGAUACUUCUGCUUCCUCAACAACAUCCUUCUCAGGACCGCGCUCUCCACGGACGAUGCCUCCUCUGCCGAAUCCGCCUUUUGUCUUCCCGGCAAGGCCCUCAUCCGCCUCUGCGCCAUCUUCCUUCUCGAGGGCAACAGGACGGCGACCGCUGUCCGCGAUAGAAACCCAAGGACGGUCCACUUUCAGCAUGAAUGCUGAUCCUGCGGACCGACCUUCAAAAUCACCUGCGCUCCCCAACUUUACAUUCAACCCGGGUGCUUCGCUGUCGCCGGAUACCAAUUCUCUUCUCAGCCCCCCUCUGUCUCCGCCGCCCGUCUCCCCAAGACUCGUGCCUUCGCCUUCAAGGCCAACCGGAGUCGGACACAGAAGAGGAGGAAGCGAAUUUGUGGGAGGAAGCAUACGAUCCGGAGACUCGAUCACAGUCACGGGUACAAGCCCGACGAGAUCCGAAAGUGGCUUCGCUUCUCCCAACUUUCAGCUUCCACCACCCAACCCCAGCGCCCGCCGUGGCCACGCCCACAGACGAUCUGCGGCACUAUCGAGCCAUGAUCUGUCUCUGAUUGUGCAACCCCCGGCACCCGGAAACCUACGGGGCAAUAGCGCGCCAACCAGCCCGGCCGAGUUUGACCGACGUCUGGAAGACCACAAUGGAGGGCUGGUUGAGAAGACGUUGAGAGGCGUCGAAUCUGAGCUGGCUCUCAAGGUACCGACAGAGCUCACCAGGCCCGUGACAGCUGAUUCGGGCACAUCGAGCGGCAGAGCUUCACCUGCCGCCAGGCCAGUGACCCGUACCCGGGUUGGAUUUUCCGAUACUCUCGAGUUUAUCCCGCGCCCCCUAUCAAUGGUGUCCAGUGAUACUUCAAGCACCGUAACCGCCCGGCCUGGAGGGCAUUCUGUGUCUGGCAGUAUUUCUUCCAUAAUUUCGAUUCCGGCCACGACAAACCCGGAAAGCGAGCCUGUCAUUCCUCUGGUACUUACUCCGUCACGGCAGAACAACGAAUCACGACCUAGCACUGCCGGAGCCGUUCUCGAACGAUCCCAGAGCAUCCAGUCGGUCGGUGCGUCUCCAAGGAGGAGAAACUCGAUCCCUACUCUCAUCAACGUGCCGGAAGCCGGUAGCGUUGCCCCCCCGAUGCCCAGCCCCACGAAGACCCCAAAGCGCUGGUCUUUCUUUGGACUUGACCCUUUUGCCGCUGCUGCAUCACCACUGCGCACUAGACCUGUCAGCUCCAGCUCCUCCGAGUCGGGAUCUAAGCCACACAGCUCCGCCUCAUCUUCGUCUUUUGAACACGUCUUGGAACCGCCUGGUACUCCGGAAACCUCCGAGGAAAGCGGCCAACGAACUGAUAGCAAGAAGCCAAAGAGGAAGAAGAAGGUCAAGAAUUGGGCCGGAUCAAUCUUGGCGCGCAAGAACAAGCCACGCAACAAGAAAUGCAAGGACCUGGACCUCUCGGGCGACUCAGCACGUCGGUUCGAGACAAUUAAGCACAAAGAUGACGCUCUCAUGGUUGAGCCAGAAGUUAACAUUGAGCCGGUGACACCGACGCUCAUGGUCACAGACACGUCGAGUCAACCGCAAAACCUGCAGGAAUGGAAACCACGUCCUGUGUCAGCUCAGGAUGACUCGUCAUUCUCCAUGAUCGACCUCGAUGCAGCUCUGGGCCCUUUCAACACACCCAUUGUCAACAACCCCGAAUGGGAUGCCGCUCAGCGAGCAGCUGCCUCUACCAAGCGUCAGCUGCACAGUGCUCAGGGGAUGAAAGGCUUCAGUGGCCCAGGAAUGCAUUAUCAUAGACGCGCAGAAAGCGCGCCCGAGAUGGUGCCUUUUGAAGGCGCUCGAUUCGGCAUCCACCGCUUCGGCAGCAGCUCGACCAUGGCCGAUGUCUUUGAGGAAGAUGAGGAAGACGACGACCACACGGGCAAGUCCGCUUCGCUCCACACCAACAGCGGCAGAGGCACGGCGCAAGACAGCGCGGAAUCCUCCGGUGACGAGGCCACACCCCCAGCUACCGACACCGCCAAGAAGCCCAUCCUGGAUACUCUGCCUGUCCGCGCCGUUGAUGACAGCUGCAUUCGCGGUGGCCAAAUCCUCAACAAGGAGGCGACCAAGGCGGCUGCUAGCAUGAAAUCGGAGAAGUCGCUUGCUUCCCUGCAAGACAAUAUGAUUGUCGAGGAGCCCUCUCGUGCAGACGUCCCCGAGUUCCGCACAAGUUCUAUCUUCCAGGAGAAAGCAGAGUCAACUGGGUCCGCGACUCCGUCGCCCAGGAGAAUCCUUGCGAGCAAAGACCUGGCUCCUGUUGAUGUCAGCCCUCUUCAUCUUCCGACUCCUUCUCAUGUUCCUGUCAGUCCCUAUUCGAUGAGCCACGCUUCCUCCUUCCCGUCGCCUCGUUCACCAAUGUCUUACGAUGCACAGCGAAUCUCAACGGCCCCGUCAUCGGUCAACGAAGAGAACAACUUUCAGUCCCUGCUGCUCGGAGAGCCGGGCCCGGAGGUCAGGCUUUCUGUAGAUAUUCCGUCCUUGACAUCCAGUCACUCGACCAUGACGAGAGACAGCUCCUUCGCGCCCAGCAGUCAAUUGAGGCAAGAUCCUAUCCGUCCGGACCAACAACGGCCAGUUUCAGUGUCCUCAGCAGCCUUUGGCCGUCGCAGGUCAAGUCUAGCCAGUCUAAGCAGGCUCAUUAGCAGCUCACACGGGGAACGCAGCAAGCUCUCCAUGGAGGUCUCAUAUGACGGCGAGGGCGACAAGAAGCACAAGUCGAGCAAAUCGAAACGACUCAGCCGAAUGAUGCGAUUCUGGAAGCCUAAGGACGACACGUCGGCAUAAAAGUUGAUUCCGCUCAUAGUAAAAGCCCGAGUGGUUGGUCACCGUCUACUCGGCUCUCAUCUCAUAUUACAAAGAUGGCCUCACGACGAAUGUAUAUGGAAUUCUUGUACAAUCUUUCACGUAUUCUGUCUCGUCGGAUGCGUUCGGCGAGACCGUGUUCUUCCGCAGGGCUGGGGUUCUGCCUCCGCCACGGGUCUCCUCAGCAAACGGACGACAUUAAUUAUUCCCUGCCUCGAGGAAGAGCACUUACCGCUCGCUGCCAAAUCCUGCCCACCUGCGGGAAUGAGCACAACUAACGAGCCAAACAUUUUGGGACACGGAUUCGGCGUUUUUUGUGAUGAUAGCAUGAGCAGCAAGUUGCAUGAGCAUAGCAGGUACGCGGCCAUAAGUCUUGGUGACAACUGCAAGGGGCGGACACGUGGUUCAACUGUUUCAUUUCCUUCUCUGGACAUAUCGGGGAUGAAAUUCGAUUUAGGAAGGCGAAAACAUGGCGAGGCAGACAAGUCGAGGUACCAUUGCACCACCGUCCCUCUUAGUUCUCUGGCCGGUUGGCUGGUGCAGCCUUCUAGACGAUGGAAAGAUGGCACAAAUCGCGACGUAGACAAAUAUUAAUGAACAUUCUUUUUAUCCGAUG